AUGCUUCAGAUCCAUACACGAUUACCUCGAGUGAUUUUUUCCAUCAAGUCGACGACGACACUUCUUCGUCGUUUUCCCGACUCCGCUAUUCGAGGUUAUACUACGACCAGUCGAGGUACGAAUCCUUUGUUUGACAAGAUUUUGAUUGCCAACAGAGGCGAGAUUGCGAUUCGAGUCAUGCGUACAGCAAAAGAAUUGGGUAUCAAGACCGUGGCUGUCUAUAGUGAGCCUGAUGCCAACGCGCAACACGUCAAAAUGGCAGAUGAAGCUUAUUUAAUCGGACCUGCAGCAUCAGCCGAAAGUUAUCUUUGUAUCGACAAAAUCAUGAAUGUGGCCAAAAUGACGGGAUCUCAAGCGAUUCAUCCAGGCUAUGGCUUUUUAUCCGAGAAUGCUGAUUUUUCAGAUAUAGUCAAGGCGGCAGAUUUAGCCUUCAUCGGUCCUUCCGGCAGUGCGAUGCGUUCCAUGGGUUCAAAGAGUGAGUCCAAGUUUAUUAUGCAAGAUGCAGGUGUUCCUGUUGUUCCUGGUUACCAUGGUGAAAAUCAAGAGAUUGGAUUUCUGAAAGAGCAAGCGGAAAAGAUUGGUUAUCCAGUGUUGAUUAAAGCGAUCAAGGGAGGAGGAGGUAAAGGCAUGCGUAUUGUACGAAGCCCUUCUGAGUUUGAAGAGAUGUUAGCGUCAUCCAAGCGCGAGUCUAUCAAGUCAUUUGGAGAUGAUAAGGUGCUGGUAGAAAAAUACCUGGUGCGUCCUCGACAUGUGGAGGUCCAAGUGUUUGCGGAUCAACAUGACAAUGUAGUGCAUUUGUUUGAGCGUGAUUGUUCUGUGCAAAGACGUCAUCAAAAGGUGAUCGAAGAGGCACCUGCGCCCGGUUUGACGGAGGCAUUACGUGCUGAGUUAGGAGCAAAAGCAGUAGCUGCUGCUCGUGCGGUAGGCUAUGAAAAUGCAGGCACCGUGGAGUUUAUUAUGGACAAUGUGGACAAGCAAUUUUACUUUAUGGAAAUGAAUACUCGUUUACAAGUCGAGCAUCCUGUUACGGAGAUGGUGACUGGAACUGAUUUGGUGCGUUGGCAAUUAGAAGUUGCUGCUGGUAAUCCACUUCCCAAGAUGCAACAUGAAUUAGCCUUAAAUGGUCAUGCCUUUGAAGCUCGUAUCUAUGCUGAGAACCCAUCCAACCAUUUCCUUCCUGAUACAGGCCCACUUUUCAGCGUGCGUACACCUUUGGCUAGCCCCAAUGUGCGAUUAGAAACCGGUUUUGUACAAGGUGAUCAAAUCAGUGUGCAUUACGAUCCAAUGAUUUCCAAAUUGAUUGUCCAUGGAGAGAACCGUAAUGAUGCGUUGCGACGAUUCCGUCGAGCCUUGGAGCAAUACCAGGUGGUAGGAUUGAAUACAAAUAUUGCGUUUAUCAAGACCGUGGCCGAACACCCUGCUUUUAUCCAAGGAGAAGUGGAAACUGGGUUUAUUGAAGAGUUCCACAAGGAUUUGUUUAAGGAGCCUGGAGCUCCUGAUGCCACAACGUUGGCAUUAGCUGCCAGUGCACUUCGAUUAAAGGAAAUUGAUAACAUCAAGAAGUGUUCCCAAGAUCCUUAUAGCCCUUGGAGUGCUCAUCAAGACUCAUUCCGUAUUAAUAAUAUUAAUCACCGCACAUUUUCCGUGAAUGCAAAUGAGCAUCCUUAUCAAGUGAUUGUGUCUACAAAUGCUCAAAAGUCACACUUGAUUGAUAUGCAAGUAGUGGAUGGUACUACAUCUGAGACGAUCCAGACUUUUACAGGUGUAGAAAGUCAUUUUGAUGAAGAAGGCAGUAUGGUGUCUUCAAUCGAUAGCAAGACUAUCAAGUCCAAUGUUGUUUUGCACGAUGACGACAUUGUCGUAUUUGACGAGUUUGGUCGCACGACGUUCAAGUUACCUACGCCUGUUUAUCUUACAGCGGUAGGGGAUGGUCAUGGAGCGGGAUCGGUCAAGACACCUAUGCCUUGUAAGAUCUCACAAGUGCUUGUCCAGCCUGGUCAAAUCAUUGAGAAGGGAACAGCCUUGAUUAUUUUGGAGGCAAUGAAGAUGGAGCAUGUAAUUAAAGCACCUGCUGCUGGAACCAUUGAUCAAGUUCUUUAUGCUGUGGGUGAUUUGGUUGCUGAGAAUAAAAGCUUAGUGACAUUUGCAGCGGCAGUAGUAAAAGAAUAA